UAUAAAUACACUAGGUUAAGUGAUAAUCACCGAGUGUUGCUCCACAAUAUUCUAUUAACCAACAACCCCAACCGGUUGUCCACCCUCACUCGUCAAUUAAAAAGGCAAUGAGUCUCCUAAGACUGUCCCGCCGUCUCCUGAAGUGUCAAAGCCCUCUGCUGGGCCUCCGGCCCCCGGAGGAGUGUCUCUCCCUGGGGAGAGUGUACCACCAGGCCUCCUUGGAGCACAGACCCCGCAAGUACCAGCAGAACAAUGAGGAGGAGAAAAUAGACGCAAUAGGCUGGAUGCUGAUCAUAAUCCCCAUAGGGACCUUCGCCCUGGGGACGUGGCAGGUCCAGAGGAGGCAGUGGAAGCUCCAGCUCCUCAAGGAUCUCUACGAGAAAGUGUCGUCAGAGCCCAUUCCCUUCCCCGAGGAUCCCCAGGAGUUGGCGAAGAUGGAGUAUCGCCCGGUGAGAGUCAAAGGGGAAUUUUUGUACGACAAGGAGAUCAGGAUGGGCCCCAAGAGCCUCAUUAUGGACGGCAUGGCUGUUGGUGAGAAGUCGGGGGGACUCAUGAGCACGACGGGCUCCACUGGGUACUGGAUCGUCACUCCUUUCAAACUUUACGAUCGUGAUUUAACGAUUUUAAUUAAUCGGGGCUGGGUGAAGGCGAGGAAGGGAAAAAUACCGGAGAGGGAGCUGGGGCAUGUGCCGGGGGUUGUCGAGCUCACGGGGAUCGUUCGACUCAACGAGGAGAGGCCGGUGUUCAUGCCCAAGAACACCCCGAAUGCUGGACUGUUCGUCUAUCGGGAUGUCUAUUCCAUGGCUGAGCUCACGGAUUCAGCUCCUAUUUUCUUGGACUUGGUCGCACGCGAUGGAACCCCUGGGGGCCCCAUCGCCGGACAAACUAGGAUUUCUAUGAGGAAUGAACACAUGAGUUAUAUUAUCACGUGGUACACACUGUCUGCGCUUACUGCGUUCAUGUGGUAUAGGCUGUAUAUUCUCAAGUUACCUUUAUGGUGAAUAAAGUAGUGUUCGUGUUGGGGGUAUUUAAA